CGUGACACCUUAGUUCCGCCCCGCAACUGCGAUCUCUCUUACUAUUGGCUGUAAGGUCAGCUGCUGUUGCAAGGUUGCACGUGCAGUUCCGACUUCAAAAUCAAGAUGGCAGCCUCCUUGUGUCGGUGUUACCAGCUGGUUGGUAAACAUUUUAGGGGCCCCUGCUCCCGGUCACUGGUGUUCUCCUAUUUUAGAGGAGAUGCUGAAAGGUUACAAAGGAGUGCAGCAGCAGCAGCAGCACUGCAGGUGCGAUAUGCCUCUGGCAAUAAAGGUUUCCUGGGAGAGUUUGUGGAUAACCUUCGUCAGGAGCUCAGUGAGAAUCGGGAGAUGAAGGAGAACAUCAAGAAGUUUAGAGAAGAGGCCAAGAGGCUGGAGGAGUCAAAUGCACUCCAGCAGGCACGCCGGAAAUAUAAAUCUAUAGAAUCCGAGACGAUGAGGACCUCUGAAGUAUUUAAAAAGACACUGGACUCCUCGUUGGAAUCAGUGAAGGAGGGUAUUAAAAAGGUGAGUCGCACAGACUUUGGGAAGAAGAUAAAGGAAGGUGUGGAGGAGGCAGCCCGCACUGCUAUGCACUCUGCUGAGACGGUCUCCAAGGGAGGAGAAAGACUGGGGAAGACCAAUGCCUUUAAGGCCAUCUCACAGGGUGUUGAAAACAUGAAGAAGGAGAUUGAUGUGGGGGAUGCCGGGCCUUACAGAGCUCCUCCUCAGCUGAGGAAGAGGAGUGAUUUUUCAUCGAAAGCAGGUGCUGCUGACACUCGAGUGUUUCAGGCCAAUGAGGAAGCAAUGGAUGUUGUUCUGCACAAGGACUCAAAGUGGUACCAGCAAUGGAAGGACUUCAAAGACAAUAACAUGGUUUUUAACAGGUUCUUUGAGAUGAAGAUGAAAUACGACGAGAGUGACAAUGCCCUCAUCAGAGCAUCCAGAGCUGUGACAGACCGAGUCACCGACCUCCUUGGUGGCCUUUUCUCCAAGACGGAGAUGUCAGAGGUGCUGACUGAGAUCCUUAAAGCAGACCCCAAAUUUGACAAAGACUCUUUUCUCAAACAGUGUGAGAAAGACAUCAUUCCAAACAUAUUGGAGGCAAUGAUUCGUGGAGAGUUACAUGUAUUAAAGGACUGGUGCUAUGAAGCGACAUACAGUCAACUUGCCCAUCCCAUUCAGCAGGCGAAAGGUUUGGGGUUGCUAUUCCAGUCCAAAGUCCUUGAUAUUGACAACAUUGAUUUGGCCAUGGGGAAGAUGAUGGACCAAGGCCCAGUGCUGAUCAUCACCUUCCAGGCCCAAGUCGUCAUGGUGAUUCGUAGCCCCAAAGGGGACAUAGUGGAAGGAGAUCCGGAGAAAGUGCUGAGGAUGAUGUAUGUUUGGGCGCUGUGUCGUGACCAGGAGGAGCUGAACCCCAAUGCAGCGUGGAGACUCCUGGACAUCUCUGCCUCUAGCACUGAGCAGGUUCUCUAAACGGGAAAACGGAGAGGAGAGGGAGACGGUGAAAAGAGACACACAAAUUGGAGAUAAGCGCAGAAGGAGCAAGGAUGAGGGUGAAACACUCUCACACAUAAAAUAUAUAUAUAUAUAUAUAUAUAUAUACAUAUAUAUAUAUAUAUAUAUACACACAAAAUUUUGCGUAUUUAUGCCCACUUCCUCCUUUUGCCGUCACCACUCAAAGACUUGAUGUGUAGGUUUAUAAAAAUAUACAAUGAGCUGUUGGUUUCCAGGUACUGAGUGGACUAACAUUUCAUUGAAAACAAUGAUGGAACCUACAUUAGUGUGAACUUCACUCUAUAGGGUGCUAUGCUCUGGAAACUUAAGCGUUCCAGGCAUAACCAUGUCUGUUAACGCUCCAUCUAAUAAGGCUUGUGAAUUGUGUAACAGAAGGGAUGUCUCCAUAGGUACUGUCAAACUAAUUUAUGUGCAAGAUUUUUACAAAAUAGGCCAAAAAAAACGAGGGUAGUGUACAUUAUUACAUGUUGAAAUACAUAAAUGCAUUCACAGUGGAUCAUAAGUUUAGUCAAAUCACAUGUAGAUAGAUAUUUUUUUUGUACUAUAAAGAACAGCGUGAGUGCAUAUUGUUAAUAUAUGGGAACACAUCGACGUACCUUUGUGUCAUGAAGGCAGCUUCACCGAGGACCACGUUGCACUUCCUGUCUUCUUGAGAUGAUGAUCAUAUUUUAUAUUAAUUUACCAUUCCCUUUUUAAUACGUCUAGUCCUUUGUUCUUGCAUUUCAAUCCAAACGGAACAUGCUAUCACGCUUACUGUUUUUUUAAGAAGACACCUAACCUAAAUGCAUGUGCUUCUGCAGUAUAAACUCUUUAUGGUCUGCCUUGA